AUUUUCUGUAUGCUUCUGAUUCUCUAGUCUUUUUAUAAAUCAUAGCUGCUUAUAUUUUCUUGCCUCCACCAUCUGCUAAAAUUAAAAAGAUCUUGUUUUUCUUACUCUUUUUCUUUAAAUACACUAACUUUAAAUUUGUUGUCCUCCUGAGUGGUUUGGUGAGUCCAAAAUGGCGAAUGCAUCUGGGUUGUUUACACCUUCUGUUCCCGGUUUCAGAAGCGGGCUUCAACGUUCAACAAGGGUAUAUCGAUCUGGCUUUUCUUUCUCUAGAAGGAUACUGUGCUCCACCACCAUUCAAGGUUCUGAGAACACUGUCUAUCUUUCAGAAUCUAGACUACCCAGGCUUGUCAGUAAAGGCUGCAAGUUAGUUGGUUGUGGCUCUGCAGUGCCCAGUCUUCAGGUUUCCAAUGAUGAUCUUGCAAAAAUAGUUGAAACAUCUGAUGAAUGGAUUUCUGCUCGAACUGGGAUACGCAAUCGACGGGUUCUCUCAGGCAAAGAAAGCUUAACAAAUCUUGCUGCUGAGGCAGCAAGCAGAGCUCUUCAGAUGGCAGAGGUUGAUCCUGAUGAUGUUGACCUAGUCUUGAUGUGCACAUCCACUCCAGAGGAUCUUUUUGGUGGUGCUCCUCAGAUCCCAAAGGCACUUGGCUGCAAAAACAGCCCUUUGGCUUAUGAUAUCACAGCUGCAUGUAGUGGAUUUGUAUUGGGCCUUGUAUCAGCUUCUUGUCACAUUAGGGGAGGUGGGUUUCGUAAUGUUUUAGUUGUUGGGGCUGAUUCUCUCUCUAGAUUUACUGAUUGGACGGAUAGAGGAACCUGCAUUCUUUUUGGAGAUGCUGCUGGUGCUGUAUUGUUGCAGGCCUGUGACAUUGAGGAGGAUGGUUUAUUUAGUUUUGACUUGCAUAGUGACGGUGGCGGCCAAAGACAUCUAAAUGCUGGCAUCCAAAGAAAUGACACAGAUGAUGUAUUGGGAUCUAAUGGAUCUGUUUUAGGCUUCCCCCCAAAGCAUUCAUCUUAUUCAUGCAUUCAUAUGAAUGGCAAAGAAGUCUUUCGCUUUGCUGUCCGAGUUGUGCCACAGACAAUUGAGUCUUCUCUUCAAAAGGCUGGUCUAAAUAUGUCCAGCAUUGAUUGGUUACUGCUUCAUCAGGCGAACCAGAGGAUCAUAGAUGCUGUUGCAACACGUUUAGAAGUCCCACCAGAACAAGUUAUAUCAAAUUUGGCGAAUUACGGUAAUACAAGUGCAGCAUCAAUACCAUUGGCAUUGGAUGAAGCUGUACGAAGUGGAAAGGUGAAGUCAGGCCACACUAUCGCAGCAGCAGGUUUUGGUGCCGGUCUAACUUGGGGCUCUGUUAUUCUAAGAUGGGGAUGAAAAGUUACUUGAAUAUGAAAAUUACAGAAGACAAAAGAUAAGUUGUCCUGCAGACAGGUUCUUCGAUUCUUGUUUCUCAUUAGAUAUGUUCUGCAGAUAACUGAGGUUGCCAACGCAUAAUCUUCAUGAGAUUUUUUUGUUUGUUGGAUUUUUUUACUUCAAUCUAGUUCCUUAUCUUCAAAGUCA